AUGAAUCCAGCCGAGUAUGAUCAGGACACAAAAAUACACGAUCUCCGCCGGGAGGCUAACCCGGUCACGAAAGCAGACCCAGUGUCUUGGUACACUUUCUGGUGGUUGAAGAAUCUAUUCCAGACGGGCCUGAAGCGCCCCAUCGAGGAAUCCGAUAUUUACGAGACGAUUUCAAACCAUCAGAGCGCACAACUGUCCUAUCAGUUUGAGAGUUACUGGAAAGCGGAACAGAAAGCCAGCAGCCAGCCCAGUUUUCUGCGGGUCAUUUAUCGAAUAUAUUGGCGAUCGAUACUUGGCUAUGGAUCGAUGUAUACCCUCGUUGACUUACUUGCCAGAAUCCUUCAACCACAGUGCCUUGGAGGAUUGGUGUCCUAUUUUGCUCCUGGACAGCAGGACAUUGCUAAGGAGGAAGCCUAUUACUAUGCUAUCGGGAUCAUUCUAUGCUCGCUGGUACCGGUAGCCAUCUUCCAUCACUUUAUCCUGUACAUAUUUCAAAUCGGAAUGAAGAUUCGUGUCGCAUGCUGUUCACUGCUCUACAAAAAGGCGCUGCGAAUAACGAAAGCAGCAGGAACGGACGGUAUGACCGGGCAGGUGAUCAAUUUGAUGUCUAACGAUGUGGCCAAAUUUGACACAGCCACCGGCUUUGUACAUGACAUCUGGAAAGGGUUAAUUGAGUUGCUGGUGCUGGGGUUCUUCAUUUACAGACAGAUUGCCAUAUCGGGACUGUUUGGCAUUGCAUUUUUGCUCAGCUUCAUUCCUUUGCAGGCGUGGCUUGGCAAGAAGGCGGCACUUUAUCGGUUGAAAACGGCCAAUCGAACCGACCGGAGGAUACAGUUUAUGAACGAAAUCAUACAGGGUAUUCAAGUGAUAAAGAUGUACGCCUGGGAGGAUAGCUUUAGCCGCAUGGUGGACCGUAUCCGGCGGAAGGAGGUGAACGGGAUACGGGGAACACUAUUUAUACGCGCCGGCCUGCUAUCGUUCAAUCUCGUUUCACGUGUGGCCAUCUUUCUAAGCUUAGUCGCGUACGUCCUGUACGGAAACGUAUUCACCGCAAAGCGGGUGUUCAUCGUGACCUCCUACUUUAACUGGCUAUACAGCUCGAUGCUACACUUUUGGCCGCUGGCACUGACAUCCGUUCACGAGGGACUGGUGUCGAUAAGACGAAUACAGAACUUUCUGUUGCUCGACGAGCGAAAAUUUGGGCCGGAUCGGUCCAAGCAGACGACUGUGCAUGAAACAGCGGUAGAUGAGAGUGCUCGCGAGUUGCUGCGCCCUGUCCGGAACGGGAACGGAGUGGACAGCGUGGCAAACUCAACACCGGAAGGAAACGCCCGCAGCAACAGCAAAAGUGUACCUCGCAGCAGGCGCUUCAUUAACAGAAAAGCUGUAACGCGACAAGGAAUUUUUAUGCGCAACGCCACGGCACUCUGGGAAAAGGAUUUGCCAGCUUCCGAUGGUGAAGUUAAUGUACGAGCUGGUGGCAUAAAACACGUGACGCUGACUGUGGACAAGACGAUGCCGUGCGUAAUCGUUGGUUCGGUAGGGAGCGGUAAAUCGACCAUGCUUCAGGUUAUCCUCGGUGAGCUCGAGCUGGACGACGGACGAUUGGAAAUCAAUGGGAACCUUAGCUACGCACCACAGGAACCCUGGCUGUUCGAGGGAACGGUUAAAAACAAUAUCGUCUUCACCGAGGACUACCAGGAAAAGCGAUACCGGGAGGUCGUAUCGGUUUGUGCUUUGGAUCGAGAUUUCCAGCUGCUCCCGAACGGAGAUCUAACGAUCGUCGGUGAGCGAGGCAUUAGCUUGAGCGGUGGGCAACGUGCUCGGAUCAGCCUGGCCAGAGCCAUUUACCGCCGGGCGGACGUUUACCUUCUUGACGACCCAUUAUCCGCGGUGGAUGCCCACGUGGGUAAGCACAUCUUUGAGGAGUGUAUCGUGAAGUAUUUAAAGGAAAAAGUUUGCGUGCUGGUAACGCACCAGCUCCAAUACUUAAAGGACAUGAAGCAUGUCGUGCUAAUGAAUAUGGGAAGCGUGGAACAGCAGGGACCAUUCCGCACGCUGGCAGAAUCGGGGCACUUUUCCACCAUGCUGACCGAACCGCAACAUGAAGAUGGCGGACGGGAACGGAAACAAAGCAACGACGCAUCGCCGUCUGAUGAUCCGUCUACAUUGCCCUCAACGGUGGGACAGCACAACGGUGCUUCAGAGCAAUUUUGCAGCACCCUAGACGGGCAAACCGGCCAACAGCUACGGAAAGUCGAUAGUGUCGCGAACAAUGGGAUUGAAUACGAUACCACCACCAUCAGCAUUGAUAUCAGCGGUAAAACCGAGGCGCAUAGAAUGACGGAACGAAGACUCUCCAUUCAUCCAACACCGGCCCAACAUCAGCCAGCGCAUCAACAGCACCAGUCCAUUUACCAACCAUCCCCAUUUUCCUCGAGCAGCAUGGUUUUCGAUGGGUACGAUGACCGCGAGGAACGUCGUGGUGCGAAGAAAAGAUCAAACCCAUCUCAGGACGAUCCAAAUCACCUCCAUGGAGAAUCACAACUAACCGGUCGUAUCGGAUGGCGAGUGUACAAGAGCUUCUUCGUAGCGGUGGAAAGCAACCUUUUGCUUGUGUUGGCCGUUGUCCUGUUUCUAUUGGCCCAGGCCAGCAUGAGUGGUAUCGAUUACUACAUCUCCCAGUGGGUAAACUGGGAAGAGUACUCGAGCGCUCUCGAGCGGUUGAAAAGCAAUCGAACUGAGAUGGGUGCUGACCGUAACAUUAGUGACAACCAUGACGUUAUUCUUCCGAUCCCGCCCAAGCUGGAAGGAAGCAUCUUUACCCGAUUGUCCCGCCACCAGUACAUACUGAUCUAUGCGAUUGCGAUGCUGUUUAUGUUUGUGCUCUCUUUGAGCCGCUCCUUUCUAUUCUUCUACAUUUGUCUGCGGGCCACGAUACGGUUGCAUGAUCGGCUUUUCCGCGGCAUUACCCGUGCCACAAUGUACUUCUUCAACACAAACCCAUCCGGCCGGAUACUGAACCGAUUUUCACGAGAUAUUGGUUGCAUCGAUACCUUUCUUCCGUUUGCGAUGAUGGACUGCAUUCUGUUCUUUGUUGAAUUUUUGGCGAUCAUCGUGCUGGUAGCGCUGGUGAACUAUUGGCUUCUGUUCCCAACACUGAUCAUGGCCAUAAUUUUCUACUUCUUGCGUCAUAUAUACACCAACACUGCCCGCAGCAUCAAGCGGGUAGAGGCAUCGACGAGGAGCCCUAUAUUCUCUCAUGCGAAUGCGUCCUUUCAAGGUCUUAGUACCAUCCGUGCAUUCGGGGUGGAAAAAAUUCUGGCAGACGAGUUCGAUAAGCAUCAAGAUUUGAACACCUCGGCGUGGUAUCUCUUUCUGGCGACAACACGCGCAUUCGCCCAAUGGUUGGAGCUGGUGUGUGUUUUGUACAUCGCCGUGGUAACUUUAAGUUUUUUGAUGGUGGAAAAUUCAAUGAGUGGCAAUGUUGGGUUGGCUAUCACACAAGUGUUUAACCUGAUCUUCAUGUGCCAAUGGGGUAUGCGACAAACGGCGGAAUUGGAAAAUCAAAUGACAUCCGUCGAACGUGUGGUAGAGUACGCCGAGGUCGAACCCGAAGCAUCGCUGCUGUCAGUCGGAAAACACAAACCUCCUGCCGGUUGGCCGGCAAUGGGAUCGAUGCGGUUCGAGCACUUUUCGCUGCGUUACUCGCCACAUUCCAAUUUGGUUCUGAGAGACCUCAAUAUGACAAUAGAGGCGGGCGAAAAGAUAGGAAUCGUCGGCCGCACCGGUGCAGGCAAAUCGUCCAUCAUUCAGGCACUGUUCCGGUUGGCGGUUAACGAAGGUAUAAUACGCAUCGAUGGUGUUGACAUUGGCACGCUGGGAUUGCACGAUCUGCGCAAACGGAUCUCCAUUAUUCCACAAGAUCCGAUUCUGUUUUCCGGUACGGUGCGAGAAAAUUUAGAUCCAUUCAAGCAGCACGGUGACGACGCGCUUUGGAAUGCACUAGAAUAUGUGAAACUGAAGGAGGUAGUUAAGGCGAUGGAGGGAACGCUGAAUGGUAAAAUGUCAGAUGGUGGUACAAACUUUAGCAUGGGUCAACGUCAGCUAGUGUGUUUGGCCCGCGCUAUUCUCCGCAACAAUCCUAUCCUGAUUCUCGAUGAAGCCACUGCCAACGUCGAUCCAGAAACCGAUGAAUUGAUACAAAAAACCAUCCGAGAUCAAUUCGAGCAGUGCACUGUUCUGACAAUAGCUCAUCGUUUACAAACCGUAAUGGACAGCGAUCGUGUGCUGGUAAUGGAUGCUGGCAGAGCAGUGGAAUAUGCGCAUCCGUUCGAGCUUUUGCAACGUCCCGAUGGCGCACUGAAGCGGUUGGUAAACAAGAUGGGAGAUUCUACCGCCCAACAAUUAACCGAUAUAGCUUAUCAAGCCUAUACGAAACGAUUGACGCAACCGAUUGAUUCCGCAGCGGACAGUUCCACUACAGCGGGAAUGUAA